GGAAUCCAUGUUUUGUAGAUAGAGGCUUUUGUUGCCUAUUAAAGUUAUACGUCAGAGGGACGAAGAUAAUACAAUUGGUCUCAGCUUUGUGAGUAUCAGAAUUGCAAUGGCUAAUAACAAUGGCAUAGAUGUAACAGAGCUUUUACACCUCGCACUUCCAAACUGGGAAGAUCCAAUACACAGAAGAUGUAUUGCUGCGGGCCUGGUGAAUAUUGUGUACGUGCUUGAAACCAACCCAAAUCAGGCUAAGGAAUUGUGUUGCUUGCUUCAAUUUGAAGUGAAGGAAACUGCAAUCGACGAGCAUGACAAAUCUGUAUAUGGGGCUGUUUUUGAGUGGCAUGGAAAAGAAAAAGCAGGUCCAGGUGGACCUCCCUCAGAAGUGGUUGCAUUUAGAGGUACGCUUCUUCGACCCAGAAAUAUUUUAGAAGACUUGAUCCUGGAUUUCAAGGUAGCCAUUGCACACUUCAAUUCCAUAGAAAGGAUUGAUAAGGGCUUACCCUUCCUAAGAAAUAGUCUUCAUAGGAAUGGAUGCCAGAAUAUUUGGAUAACAGGGCAUUCAUUGGGUGCUGCCAUUGCACUGGCUGCAGCAAGAAAAUUGGAGCAGAAAGAACGUCGUGAACUUGAAGCACAUCUUUUCAAUCCUCCAUUUUUAUCUCCUACAUUUCCUCAAUUGAAAGUGUUUGAGAGGAUUGCGAAGAUUUUAGUUGGCACACGUAAAUGUGCCCCUUCCUUUCAGUGCAGUCAAUCGCAGGAAAUUUGCAAACAUAUUCAAGGCCCUUCCGAGGCUUUGGCAUUUCAGAUGGGUUUGAAAGAUGAGAGCAAACUACUUGAGUUGUAUGGUGAUUUCCUUCAUUAUAGUGAUUGGAUUCCCAAUUUAUAUGUGAAUGAAAAGGAUCUCAUUUGUGCUACUUACCUUCACUAUUUUGAGGUAUGGAAGGGUAUAUAUGAGCAGAAAAGUCAUUUGGUCCACGAAAGCAUGAAGUACUUCUUUUGUUUUGAAGUGGCUACAAAGAAAACCCCUUGGCAUAUAGUUCCAUCUGCAAAGGUAUUUAGGGUAGGUAGACAUUUUUUCAGUAAUCAUCAUGGCAUAUGUCAAUGGUGGUCUAAGAAUCUUCAAGUUAAGAGCAUUGAAUACAUCCCUCCAGAUGAAGUCACUCAUUGCAAUUUCAAUCGCUUGCAAAAGAGUGUAGUUCUCCAUAACAAAGAUGGUGAUGAUGCUAAUCAUUCGAGUUAUUAAAAUGUGGCGUACCAAUGACAACUUACUAUGUGUUUGUUUUGUAUAUGUAAAUAUUUUUGAAUAAACAAUCUCAGAGAAUAAAGUGUAUUAAUAUUUUUUUCA